UCUGUGCACGACUACGUCACUAGUGAGCGUCAGCGUCAGAAAUCCAUCUCGAGUCCGGAAUCCGUUGAACGAAUUAAUGCUCGUGGUCGACAGGAAACUGAAUUUCCGGUGCGAAUCGCUUACGUUGGAGGUGAAUCGGUACAUUCGGUGCCAAUAACCCCAGUAUCAUCGACAACAUUCCGUGGCCCUCUGGUCGACAGCCGAGCUUCUACCCGUCUGGCUGACCACGGUCGCAGUGUUUCAUCUUCGGAAAUGCCUGGAGUAACCGAGCUAACACAACGUUUCGAGCGAGGAUCACGUGCUGAUAGCAGCACUGAUACUACACGUACUGGUCAGAGACCAUCUCAGCGGGUUGUAGUGGUGUCGAAACCAGGUCCAGAGUUCGUCUAUUCUUCAUCUGAUGAUUCGCGAGUGCAUCGUAUCGAUCGUCCGACGUACUCGCCAUCGGACCAAAAGUCCGUUUUAUCAACAACUGUCGUUGACAUUGAACCACCAACCUAUCGCACUGUAACUCCUCACUAUGUUGAAGAGAGAUAUCAGUUGGAGGAGCAGUACCGUUCCGUGAAAUCGUACACGUCACCAACGAAGAAAGAACCGACGUACAAACCAAGGGAAAUCAUAAUUCCAACGGACAAGAAAGCGUCUAAGGAGUCGUACACUGGUCAUACGGUGUAUUCCACUCGGGAACAGCAACGUGAGCAGGGCGGUGAGGAAACACGCGGUUCUACUCCUGUUCGAAGUGUCGUCGAACAGUUCGAGAGUAAAAUUGAAGAAGGACGCAGCACACCGGAUAGACGCCCAUACCAAUACAAAGAGAAGUAUGAAGAGAUGAGCGUUCAUGAGCAUCGACGACAGCAACCGGAUCAACGCGAAAGGGAAGUCUACAUUCCCAGAAGUGACCUUCUACCGUCUAGAAAGACCUACACCGAGUCGAUAACGUCACGUAAAACCAUCGGACCCGAAAAGGAACAACAACCUUACAAGGAAAGAAGAGAGGUGACGAGGGAGGAGAUCCAAAGGACACCAUCAUACGGUGUUCAUCAUGAGACUCGAGAACGACUAGAGCAGGAGAGAGUCGCGCCGUAUCGUGAAAUGAGGGAAGUUCGGGAGGUUGAACGAACCACCCAAUCAAGGACUGAGGAUAGAGACAAACGCGAAGAAAAGCCUGUCAGCCCACCUCCGCUUAAAGAGUUUGGCGAGUCAAGACGUCGAGAGGACAUGUCGGAAACGGUGACCACGGAAGUUGUACGAAAUUUCCCACAGACGACGAGGUAUGAUUACGAGAAAAAGAAAGAAACCGAGGAGACCACAACGACGACGACAACGAAGCCUGCUGAGAGAAUGAUACGAGGCAGCGAAUGGGAGGAUUUUUACUGGGAGCUCACAAUGUUGGAGUUUUUAGAUGUUUCA